AUGGACCCCCCACGCAAACCGCCAACAACAACGCACCUAAAACCCCCUCCACACCACACUCCCCGACAAACCUCAACAUCCCCAACCCCAAGCGCAUCAGCACCCGCACCACCACGCGCCCCCGUAACCGCCCACUCAAGCGCCACAAUUUCCGAAUCCUCCAUCUUCCAAGGCACACACCCGAUCUCGAUCGGCGCGGGGACGGUCAUCCACCCACGAACCCGAAUCUACUCGUUCCACGGGCCCGUCAUAAUCGAAGAAACGUGCAUUAUUGGCGAGAAGAGCGUUUUGGGGACGCCGCCCAACAUAUCCCCAGAUUCGGCCGGGACGGGAGGCCUAGGGACAGGGAUGGGGGCUAGUGAAAGCAGCAGCAGCGCUAUACCGAUCACGAUCUCAGCAAACGUGACUCUCGGUCCGGGGGUGACGGUUCACGCGGGUACUCGGUUACAAACAGGGGUGUUAGUCGAAGCAUUGGCGACGAUCAAUCGCCGAGUAACAAUCGGAGCGCAUUCAAAAGUCUGCGCAGGAUGCUCGGUCUCCGAGAACACGACGCUGAAGGAAUGGAUGGUUGUUUGGGGGUCAGCGGGGACGGGGCAGCGACGGAGAGUGCGGGCUCAGGGGAAGAUGAGCUCGGCGACAGCGGCGGCGCAGGGAGGACAGGCUCUUGAGGCCGGGGUGAUUGAGGAGGCGAGGUUGAUGGUGUUGAAUAAGGAGAGAGAGGCGUUGGCGAGGUUGAUUGGGGCGUCGGCGAGUUCGGGGAGACGGAGGUGA